AGAGCAACGCACGAGCUUAACUCACUUCAACCUGUUAUAAAAAAAACUCACUUCAACCUGGUCGCAUGCUGUGCAAUGGACAUCCAAUUCGAAUUCGAAUCAGGCAAGAGUCGAGGAGGAGGAGGGGCAAAGUCGUCAAAUCCCCCAAAGGUACGCCCCAGUCCUCUGCACCACUGCAUGCGUUCGUUUCCCUGUCAAAAGCAGAGCGGAGCGGAGCGGGUCACGCGGAGGGCAGCAGCGUAAAAUCACGAGGGGUGAUAAGAUCGAGAGGGCGAGAGGGAGGAGCAGUAGUGGCAUCCACCUGUGCCGUGAGUGAAUCUAUACCAUCUCCGUCCGCUGGUACUACUAGUACCUUUCUCCAAGCUCUGUCUCAACCAAACCUCAGUCCUGCUUCUAUCCCGCCGACCCGCCCCCGGUAGAACCCUGUCUAAACCCCCCAAAUCAUCCCAAGAUUACUUUCCCCCUCGCCUCGAUCCGUCCGGACCAGCCGAGAGGCGACCCCCCUUGCCCAAAUCCGGCGCCUCGUGUCUAGCCGCGAGGCAUCGGGUUGGGGAUUCCUGGCGCCGCGCCGGCGCCUUUGCUUGUUUGACCCGUUUCUUGGAGUGUGAGCUCGCUCACUGGGAGCGGCAGAUCUCAGCGCCGAGCCCCAGCAAAAGCUCCAAUCCCCACACCCAAGCCUUUUCCCAGCCAUUCUUCGCUGAUUCCGGCGAGUAUCUGCAAGGGGAAAGUUCGGAGAAGCUUUUUGGUCUCGUGUUUUCCCCAAAUUGGACGAGGCUUUCUUGGUGGUGUUUCUUGGAUGAGAUUUGUGGUGGAAUCUCAGUAGCGCUGGCGGAGAUGGGGUUGUCUUCUUCCGACUCCCUCGCCGCCGGCCGGACCCGCCGCGUCGGGUUUCUCGCUCCCGGGCCCAAGCGCGUCCGCGUCUUCUUCGUGGACGCCGACGCCACCGAGUCCGACUCCUCGGGGGAUGAAGGGGUGAAGCGCGACAAGCUGCGCGUGCGGGAGAUCAUCGAUAUCAGCGUGAAGGCCUCCUCUCUGACAUCUCCGGCGCCGUCCUUCCCACGGAGACAGGCUCUGGCGCGGCGGCGCGUCGCGAAGGCCGGCGACCGUCGGCCGUUCCGUGGCGUGCGACGGCGGCCGUGGGGCAAGUACGCCGCGGAGAUCCGCGACCCGAGCCUGCGGAAGCGGCUGUGGCUCGGCACCUUCGACACCGCCGAGGAGGCUGCCGCCGUGUACGACGACGCCGCCUUACGCCUCAAGGGAUCCCGCGCCGUCACCAACUUCUCGUCCAGCUCCAGCUCCGACUCUGACUACGUCUCGUCCACCAAGCCCCGCUCCCCGCCGCAGGCGAAGCUCCGUCCCACCGGGGAAUCGGAAGCAGCAGAGGCCCCGGCGACCAUCCUCCCCUCCGCGCCGUCGGAGCCCGAGCCCGAGGACAACGACGCCGACUCGUUCUACCCGUUCGCGUCGCCCCUUAACCCCGUCCUCCGCCGCGCGCCGAGCGAGGCGCCGCGCCCGGUGGACCACCUGUACGGCGAGCUCUGCGACCUGACCUCGGCCGCGCCGCCGUCGAAGGCGGCGGAGUUCGACUGGCAGCAGCCGUGGUGGGAGAGCGAGUCGAAGGCGACGGAGUUCGACUGGCAGCUGCCGUGGUGGGAGAGCGAGGACUUCGUGAUGCCGCCGGCGGCGAGCGCCGUCAGCGUGGUCUGACGCCCCUGCCCCCACCGGCUGCCGCGGCGUUUCGCGCCCUCGGGGCGGGGAAGUGGCGGCAGACGCGUGAGCCAGUGGCGGGAGAUGCGUUUCAGUACUGUCACUACUACUAUUACUUCGUUUAUUAAUUAGAUCUAGUACUACUACUACAUCUACGUGGGUACUCCUCCGGUAGCAGCAGCAGAGGAGUGAAUGGUUUGUUGCUUGUGGUGGUGGUGGUGGUGAUGGUGGUCAGGCGGCGCAGGCGGGGCCCCGUCGCCCCGCCGUUGUGCGUGAUCUGCCUUAACUCGCACGUCUCCGGCGUGGAAACGGAGCAGUGCGGUCGCGUCGACAGUGCCGACAGUGGCCGGCCGCGUGUUACUCUAAUGUAAUGACGAGUAAAAAACUGUAAUUGUUGUCGUGGUGGUGAUUGUCUUCGUGGUUGUCAGCUCA